AAUGAAAAGUGUUGGAAAAAGGCGUGGAUCUACUCACCGCAAAAGUCAUUUUGCGGAAUGCUGACUCCGUACCGCCCCUCUUUCCUCGAAGUUGUCAUCACACUCUCGUGUCAUUGUCUCCUUUCCUCUCGAUUCCACACUUUAAACCCAUCAAUAUGAAUGAUUUUGCACAAAAAUGGUUCAUUCUAUCCUCCAUCUAACUGGUUUUUUGGGGAAACACAUCACAAAAGGGGCUUUAAUUCCAUCCACAACUGCUAUUUCAUCUGAUAGAUGCAAGUUCAGUCUUCAACAACCCUGUAGAAAUGGGCAACAAACAUGGGUCAUUAGAGAACAUGGAAAGAGAGAGACUAAUUCCGUCGUCAUUAGAACAAACAUAUGGUGUGCACGAGGAUGAUGGUGAAGUGAAGGCUUGUGGAUGCUUUUGUUUAGGUUCAAUCCGAAAGAAAUUUAAAGGUUUAUGGAGUAAUUUACGAGCGGUGGUAGUUAAUUCUUGGGAAGUUGGUCGAUCGGACCCUAGAAAGGUUGUGUUUUCUGCGAAAUUGGGGUUGGCUUUGGCUUUGAUUUCUUUCUUGAUAUUUUGGAAAGAGCCUCUUCCGGAUAUCAGUGAACACUCCGUUUGGGCUAUACUUACUGUUGUUGUUGUCUUCGAAUUCAGUAUAGGCGCAACAUUUAGCAAAGGAUUGAACCGUGGACUAGGGACUUUAUCAGCUGGUGGACUUGCUCUUGCAAUGGCCGACAUAUUUACAGUAGGAUCACUUGCAACUUUUGCAAAACUUUACCCUACAUUGAAGGCGUAUGAAUACGGAUUCAGAGUGUUUACUUUGACUUAUUGUUACAUAAUGGCAUCGGGGUAUCGAACAAAUGAGUUCAUGGGAACAGCUGUUGAUCGGUUUCUGCUAAUUGCAUUGGGAGCUGGUGUUGGUUUGCUUGUAAAUGUUGGCAUUUAUCCCAUUUGGGCUGGUGAAGAUUUGCAUAAUUUGGUUGUGAAAAAUUUCUUCAAUGUUGCUAACUCUCUUGAAGGUAUUAUUAACCAAUAUUUAAAUUGUGUUGAAUAUAAACGAAUCCCUUCAAAAAUCCUUAAUUACCAAGCUUAUGAUGAUCGGCUUUAUACCGGAUAUAGAUCGGCUGUGGAAUCUACAAGUCAAGAGGACACUUUGAUGGGAUUUGCAAUUUGGGAGCCUCCACAUGGUCGUUACAAGAUGUACAAGUAUCCAUGGAGAAAUUUUGUGAAAGUUAGUGGUGCUCUUAGACAUUGUUCUUUUAUGGUUAUGGCAUUACAUGGAUGCAUACUCUCGGAAAUACAGGCUCCGGCAGAUCGGAGACGGGUUUUCCAAGACGAACUUCAGAGAGUAAGCACCGCUGGCGCCAAAGUCCUCCGGGAGCUCGGGAACAAAGUGAAGAAAAUGGAAAAACUCGGAUCGCUAAACAUCCUCGACGAAGUUCUCAAAGCGGCGGAAGAUCUACAAACGAAAGUCGAUCGGAAAUCCUACCUUCUCGUCGAUGCAAACAGUUGGGAAAUCGGAAAACCUCCAAUCGAAUUUCAAGACAUACAAGACAUCUCAAAAACUGACGACAACGAUCCAUUCAAAUACCACGGGUACCAUUCGUUCAGCGAAGCCCGACUCGAUUUGGGAACAUCGAGGAGUCCUGAAACUACGAAUCUGCCAUUCGCGGCUACAAACGGUUUUCACAAAUCGUUGACUCGGGAAUUCUCGUUUAAACCGGAAAGAAUGGUGAUACAAGAUGAAGGGGAUACAUAUAAGAGUGCAAGCGUGCUUUCUUUGGUGACGUUUACUUCGUUGUUGAUUGAAUUUGUGGCGAGGCUUGGGAAUUUGGUGGUGGCGUUUGAGGAAUUGAGUGAGACGGCCAAGUUUAAGGCGCCGGUGGCGGAGGGGAAGGUGGAAGAGGAGGAGGUUUGUGGGUUUUGGGGUAGGUUUUGGAGGUUUGUAAAGCCUAGGGAUAGAAAUGAGAACUUGUUAGCUUAGAAAAAAAAACUAAUUUCUUUUCCAAGUGCUGUGAUUGUUAAUUUUGGUGAUUUCAUGUUUCAGCCAUGGAAAAAGGGUUUUAAUCUUUGGUAGUAAUAACAAAUAAUUCGGGA